AUUUUGUGAAUGAAAUGAUUUGAUGCUUCUAUUCUACUUUCAGCAUUUUGUUCUAUACACUAUCUUUUGCUGUAUCAACAGGCUAUUUGAGUUAUUUGUGAAUAUCUUGGAUCUUCUUGUUCAAAAAGCUCGGAUUGAAGGUAACCUUGACACAGACAUUAUUGACUUGAAAGCUAAUGUCAUUAAACUGAAAGAGACUCCAAAAAAUGUCUAUGUUGAUCAAAUGUACGGGGCUUCAACUGUUCUGUACACAUUCAUCUUGGAUCGUGGGGUUUCAUGGGAGUUGGAAAAUACCAUGCUGAAUGAGAAGCAGAAAGCUGGAUUUGGCUCAUAUGGUGAUGGCUUCUACAAGUCCAAGAGGGAAUGGUUGGGAAAACGUCAUGUAAUUUUAUCAUUUCAAAGUUCUGCCCCGGCUAUGUAUAAGAUAGUUCGUCCCACUACCAAAGAAUCACCUCGGGAUAUGCAUCUGACAGAAUUAACUAGAAAAUAUUCAAAAGUUUCAUCUUUAGAGGCGGCCAAUUUACUAAGUUUGUAUAUAUUUAGUGUAGUUUUAAAAUGUUAUCUUUGACAUAGUUGUUAAUAGUUUUUAAUUUGAGAAAAUAAGAAUUAUCUAGUUAGAUGUUUUUGUUGUGUUAUUUUUAGAGAUGUGGGAACUGUGGCAUCACCUAAUAAUUCCUUGCAUAUGACUUAUCUUGUGUUUUUUAUUUUGCAAUUACUCUAACCAUAGAUAAGAUGAGAGCAGUGAAAUUAUUCAUGCAAGUGAUACUAUUAGAAAAAACUGAACUAAUAAUAAAACAAGCAUAAGGUUCCUUUGCAAAUCUAAUUAUGCUAGUCCUAGAUAUUAGAAAUUGGUCAGAAUUGAAUAAGGGCAAAUGGGAUAAGAUUCCACUUUUACACUCUCUUAUUAAUCGAAAUAGGUCCUUAAUUAAGAUGGUUGAUUCUGUUUCUCUUAUUGGUAAUUUACCCUUAAUCGAAAUUGGUCAUGAUUGAAUAGGGGCAUGAAUUCUGAGUAAAUAUGUGCUUUUAGGUUCUAUUGUGUGACUGAAUUAUGGUAUGUUUAUUAAUGCUGGGUUGAAAGAAUAUUUAAACUUUAUAUUCAGUUCAAGUUGGU